CAUUGAAGAGGCCGUGCAAAGGCAAAUUAGCAGGCGUCUUUUUGUUUUUGUUUUCCUUCUUAUUUUAAAGAAAAGUAGCAGCCGUCAGCUCGUCAUCACACUAUAUAUGGCACUUGGCCGCGCUCUCCUCAAUACAGUGGCCACUCGUCACUUCGAGAUCGAUCUCUUCAGUCUUCAGCCACCACCCUCCCAGUUGGCCAUGGUGGAGGAUCGGAGCCCCAAGCCCAUCCAUUGCAAAGCGGCGGUAUGCAGAGCCGCCGGCGAGCCACUCACCGUCGAGGAGAUCGUCGUCGAUCCGCCGAAAGCCUACGAGAUCCGCAUCAGGGUCAUCUGCACCUCGCUCUGCCACACAGAUGUCACCUUCUGGAAAGCUAAGGUGGCACCAGUAUUUCCAAGAAUAUUAGGGCACGAGGCGUACGGGGUAGUGGAGAGCGUCGGGGAGCACGUGGAGGACUUCGCCGCGGGCGACACCGUGGUGCCGACGUUCCUGGGCCAGUGCUCGCACUGCGGCAGCUGCACGUCGGAGCACAGCAACAUGUGCGACUCGGUGCCGUUCGUCAUCGGCCCCGGGAUGCGGCGCGACGGCACCACCAGGUUCCGGGACGCGCAGGGGAGCCCGCUGCACGACCUCCUCGCCGUGUCCAGCUUCGCCGAGUACACCGUCGUGGACGUGAACCAGGUCGUCAAGCUCGACCCCGCCGUGCCGCCCAAGCUCGCCUGCCUCCUCAGCUGCGGCGCCGGCACCGGGGUAGGAGCAGCGUGGAGGACGGCCAAGGUGGAGCCGGGUUCGACUGUUGCCAUCUUUGGCCUUGGAUCUGUCGGUUUGGCGGUGGUCCAAGGCGCCAAAAUGUGUGGAGCAUCCAAGAUUAUCGGUGUUGAUCUCAACCCUGACAAGGAGAACGUAGGGAGAUCGUUUGGCGUGACAGACUUCGUCAAUCCGUCGCAACUGGACAACCGUUCCGUCAUAGAGGUGAUCGUUGAGAUGACCGGCGGCGGCGUCGACUACAGCUUCGAGUGCAUCGGCGUGCCGUCGGUGAUGACCGACGCCUUCAGAUGCACCAAGAUGGGAAAGGGCAAGACGAUCGUGCUGGGGCUGGGAAGGGACAGCGACCAAGUGUGCCUGCCGUCGCUGGAGCUGCUGUUCGGCAGGUGCGUCAUGGGGACGCUCUUCGGCGGGAUGAAGCCCAAGACCGACAUCCCCAUCCUCGCCAAGAAAUGCAUGGACAAGGAGCUGCAGCUGGACGCGCUGGUUACGCACGAGCUAGGACUGCAGGAGAUCAACACGGCCUUCGACCUGCUCCUGCAGGGCAAAAGUCUGCGCUGCAUCAUCUGGAUGGACAAGGACAACAAGUGAUGGACAACAGGGGCGGCGCGCCCCGGACCAAACCUGUGGCUCUGAAUAAAUUUGCCGUCUUUCAGUUUGGCGAUGCGAUGCGUCGCUGAAAACUGGUGCUACAAGCGACCAGGAGUAUCUGUUCCUGAAAGCCGACGUUACUCUGGUGUAUCAGUUUCGUUUCGUUGUCUGAAUUGAUUAAUUAUAACGUAUUUGUUACUCAUGUCAUGUAUCGACAUCACUACAUGGAACAGCUGCUAUAUCGCUCAUUCGAA